AAUCACCGCCCACUUUUCUGUCUCCGACUCCAGAAGCGCUGCAGCCUGCAGCCCGGAGAAGGGCGUGGUUACCGGGCGAUGGGCGUGUCUCGCGGUCCGGCUCUCGGUUGCUGAGCAGCGGCAGUGUCACAGCAGCAGCUCACACUGUGGAAAGGAGGACGGAGGAGAAGAGGAAAAGGCGGAGAUCAGGGCUGCAGCAGCCACCCACACCCCCUCCGUGCUGCACUCAUCGCUGCAGCCUCCUGUCUAUUCAUUUCAUGCACACUUUUAUUUUUUAUUAUUGCCUACAAGGAUUUUAAUGCUAUGAGCGUAUAUAUUUGCAGGAGAGCUAGCACUGCACCCUGUGCUAUAGAGUGACACCUUAUAUAGAGCCAGCGUUAUACACAUAUAUAUUUAUUCCUGGUGGCACUGAGUGAGGGCAGCUGCAAUCAUGGCACAGCCGCAGAAGUUUUUUGAGAAUCUUUCGGGAGCCGGUAAAGCGAUCGGUGUCCUGACCAGCGGGGGAGAUGCCCAAGGUAUGAAUGCAGCGGUCCGUGCUGUGGUUCGUAUGGGAAUCUAUGUAAAAGCCAAAGUUUACUUUGUCCAUGAGGGUUACCAAGGAAUGGUUGAUGGCGGUCAUAAUAUUGUUGAAGUAUCAUGGGAAAGUGUUUCAAGCAUUUUGCAAGUGGGGGGGACUGUCAUUGGCAGCGCUCGUUGUAAAGCUUUUCGAACCCGGGAAGGUCGUUUACAGGCAGCGUACCACCUUAUUCAGCGUGGGAUCACAAAUCUUUGUGUCAUUGGAGGAGACGGCAGCUUAACAGGGGCUAACCUUUUCCGCGAGGAAUGGAGUGGAUUUCUGGAUGAAUUAGUAAAGAAUGGAAAAAUUGAAGCUGGUGCUGCAGAGGAACAUUCCCAUCUAAAUAUAGUAGGAAUGGUGGGCUCCAUUGAUAAUGACUUUUGCGGAACUGACAUGACAAUUGGAACUGACUCGGCCUUACAUAGAAUCAUCGAGGUUGUGGAUGCAAUCAUGACCACAGCUCAGAGCCACCAAAGGACCUUUGUCUUGGAAGUCAUGGGCAGGCACUGUGGGUACCUUGCCUUGGUCAGUGCCUUGGCUUGUGGGGCUGACUGGGUGUUUAUUCCGGAGAGUCCUCCAGAGGAAGGAUGGGAAGAGCUGAUGUGUACUAGACUUUCUACGAACCGUGCAAGAAAGAAAAGAUUGAAUAUCAUUAUUGUCUCAGAAGGAGCCAUUGAUUGUCAUAACAAACCGAUCAGUUCAGAAAAGAUUAAAGAUCUUGUGGUUAAAUGCCUGGGGUUGGAUACACGAGUGACAAUAUUAGGCCAUGUCCAGAGAGGAGGAACACCUUCAGCCUUUGAUAGAAUUCUAGCCAGUAGGAUGGGAGUGGAAUGUGUCCUGGCCUUGCUUGAAGCCACACCAGAAACCCCUGCCUGUGUGGUAUCUUUAUGCGGAAACCAAGCAGUACGCCUGCCUCUCAUGGAAUGCGUACAGAUGACUCAAGAGGUGCAGAAGGCGAUGGAUGAACAGAGAUUUCAAGAUGCUGUAAUGCUGCGUGGAAGGAGUUUCGAGAACAACCUCAACACCUACAAACUCCUCUCUCAUAAGAAAAAUAUAUCUGAACUUCCUAAGAGUAACUUCAACGUGGCUGUACUGAAUGUGGGGGCUCCUGCGGCUGGAAUGAAUGGAGCUGUGAGAUCCGCAGUGAGAGUGGGAAUUACGGAAGGACAUACGAUGUUUGCUGUUAAUGAUGGAUUUGAAGGAUUUGCUAAAGGACAGAUUAAAGAGAUAAAAUGGGGAGAUGUUGGCGGCUGGACCGGUCAAGGUGGAUCCCUCCUAGGGACAAAAAGAUCUCUACCUGGUAAAUAUUUUGAACAAAUUGCUGACCAGAUACGUGCUCAUAACAUCAAUGCCUUGCUCGUUAUUGGGGGAUUUGAGGCCUACUUGGGACUUAUGGAAUUGACUGUUGCAAGAGGGAAAUAUGAUGAAUUCUGUAUUCCAAUGGUUAUGGUUCCUGCUACUGUGUCCAACAAUGUACCGGGUUCAGAUUUCAGCAUUGGCGCAGAUACUGCUCUGAACACUAUAACAGAUGCUUUUGAAAGUAUGAUGCAAUUAUCUGGGGCACGAGCCACUUAUCAAGAGUUUUGCAUCCCUAUGUGCAUAGUGCCUGCCACCAUUAGCAACAAUGUCCCUGGCACUGACUUAAGUAUUGGCGCCGACACUGCACUCAAUGCCAUUAUGGAGACGUGUGAUCGCAUCAAGCAGUCGGCCAGUGGAACAAAGAGACGCGUCUUCAUCAUCGAAACAAUGGGAGGAUAUUGUGGUUACUUGGCCAAUAUGGGUGCUCUUGCUGCAGGUGCUGACGCAGCUUACAUCUUUGAGGAGCAGUUUGACAUCCGUGAGCUCCAGGCAAAUGUGGAGCAUUUGACAGAAAAGAUGAAAACGAGCAUCCAGAGAGGCCUUGUUCUGAGGAAUGAAAAUUGCAAUGAGAACUACACCACUGACUUUAUUUACCAGCUCUACUCAGAAGAAGGGAAAGGCGUGUUUGAUUGCAGAAAGAAUGUACUUGGACAUAUGCAACAGGGUGGUGCGCCUUCCCCGUUUGACAGAAAUUUUGGUACAAAAAUCUCAGCAAAGGCAAUUCAGUGGAUCUCUAGGAAGCUGAAAGAAACGUACAGAAGAGGCAGAGUAUUUGCUAACACAGAGGACAGUGUCUGUCUGUUAGGUAUGCGCAGACGUGCUCUCCUCUUCCAGCCAGUCAUGCAACUCCAGGAUGAAACAGAUUUCAAACACAGGAUUCCAAAGGAGCAGUGGUGGCUGAAGCUGCGGCCGCUCAUGAAAAUCCUGGCCAAGUACAAGACCAGCUACGACAUUUCAGAUGCUGGGCAGCUAGAACAUGUUCAUGUGCGCAGACCAAAAGAAUCAGACGCUGGAGCCAUCUAAAGGCCAAACCCAGCAUCACGUCUAGCCAUAGUCUAUCUCCAUUGUGUGCUUUACCGCAAUAGAAUUGCCACUUUAUCUUUUGUAAUUUAAAUUAUAUUGUUCCAGCACUUUAUUUCAACACAAAUGUCCUAACCAGGUUACAUCCGAAACCUGGAAAAUGUUUAGUAAAAGAAAAUAUAUAUCUAAAUAAAUAAAUAUAAGAGGAAAUUCUACGAUAGAAAUAUAAACACAGCUAAAUAGUUUUAUUUAAUUACAUAAUAUUUUGCCACAGAUAUGAAUGGGUUCAAAUGUUGUUUGUUGUGUGUAAUUAAGUUAUAAGUUACACUUUAUAUUGGAUCCACGUUUAUAUAUUGUGUGUGCAUUUUCUGUUAGUUUUUCCCCAGUGAUGUUACAGGAUGCAUUGAUGUAAUGUAAAAAUAAAGUACUGUUGCAAAGCA